CAGGAAAAUAAGGCUCAGGCCUUCUUAAAUCUUCAUAAAGAACUUCCUUUGUAUGCAGUAGGAGAAGAGCUAAAAGAUUUGGAACAAGAAGCUGUGCCACCCGAAACUGUUGAAAACAAAACAGUUGAAUCGAUAAAGAAUAAAAAGGAUGAUACCAAACCG